AUGUUGAAGUUAUUAAAGCCAAUAGUUGAUGCCAUUCUUGAUGUUGAUAUCCCUUCAGAUGAAUUGCAUCAGAAAGAAUUCACUGGACUAUGCCAGUCCGUCGAUGAUUUGAGAGAGAUGUUUGAAAACUGGCAGCCACUGAUGAGUAAAGUUUACUUUGUUUUACAAGUUGAGUCACUGAUGGAAAUGAUCCAGACUUUUAGUUUGGAAAUACUUGAAUUGCUGAAGUUUUGUGAGCAACGCUCACCUGCUGAAUUAAGUGCUGCAUCCCUUGAGAACUGUGAACAGAAAAUUAAGAACAUGGGAUGUGGCCAAAAAUCAGAAAUAAUCACGAAAGCUGUUAAGGAUCAUGUGGAGGGAUUGGGAGCCAGCUCUGAGAGCCUGGCAAAAAUUUCUGACAGCCUAGGAUUAAAGUCAAACCAGGAACUUCUAAUUGAGGCUGUGGCCCUUGAGAAACUGAAAGAAAAUGCUGAACAAGCUGAAAAAACUGGCGAAGUUGAAUAUAUUGAUCAAAUGAUUACUUUAAUAACCCAUAUGCACGACCUGCUUGUUAUGUUGAAACAGUCCAAGACCUGUAAUCCUGUGGCAAUACCUGCCGAUUUCUGUUGCCCUCUCUCACUUGAACUCAUGACAGAUCCUGUAAUUGUUGCAUCUGGACAAACAUAUGAGCGGGCUUUUAUACGGAAUUGGAUUGAUCUUGGACUCACUGUUUGCCCCAAGACACGGCAAACUCUAGCACACACCAAUCUUAUUCCUAAUUACACUGUGAAGGCGCUGAUUGCAAAUUGGUGUGAAUCAAACAAUGUGAAGCUGCCUGAUCCCAUGAAAUCUAUUAGCAUGAAUCAGCCUUCUUCACUUCUUGCAAAUGUGGAGUCUAGUGGAGGCAGGAUGGCCAAUCGUUCUCCGUCUCCAGAUCCAACUGUGUCUUUGGGUUCUCCAAGAAAGAAUUUAAUCUCAUAUAGUGGGAUUCAACGAGAGGCAUCACCUCCUCACCAUCCCCAUUCAUUGUCAGAGGGUUCUUCACUAGGAGCCACUAUACAUGGGAAUGGGUUAGACGUUGAGAGAAUUUCCUCGAAAAUUUUUGAAGACAGGUUGGGCCACUCAGGAGAGAGAAGUUUGAACUCGGACGGUCCACUCUCGGUGUCCCCAUCUAGAAAUAGUGCUGUUGGUGCUGAUGAGCAAUCAUCUCCGAGCCAUAACCGAACUAAUUCAGUCUCCAGCACACAUUCUAAUUCUAAUGUUUCAGAAACACCUGGUGACGGAAAUGAGGUGGCAUCAGAGGCUGCUGCCUAUGUUAGUGAUGCUUCUGGAGAGCUUACAUCAGAACCUCAACCGGCUGCUUAUGUGAGUGCCCUACACAGAGAGCCCAACUUCCCAUCUCAAACAAGAUCUCGUAUCCCAUCAGUUUGGCGUCGACCAGAGAGAUUUGUUCCAAGAGUAGUUUCUUCUUCUGCAGUUGAAUUAAGGGCUGAUCUUUUGGAAGUUGAAACACAAGUUAAGAAGCUGGUUGAGGACCUGAAAAAUGCUUCUCUCGAUGUACAGAGAAAUGCCACUGCUGAACUCCGAUUACUAGCUAAGCAUAAUAUGGAUAAUCGAAUUGUCAUUGCAAAAUGUGGGACCAUCAGUUUAUUGGUCAAUCUACUCCUUUCAACUGACAUAAAAAUACAAGAAAAUGCUGUUACUGCUCUUCUCAACUUAUCAAUUAAUGAUAACAACAAGAGUGCAAUUGCAAAUGCUGAUGCAAUUGAACCUCUGAUACAUGUCCUCGAGACAGGCAGCCCUGAAGCCAAGGAAAACUCAGCUGCCACUCUUUUUAGUCUCUCGGUGAUUGAAGAAAACAAAAUAAAGAUUGGCAGAUCCGGAGCAAUCAAACCCCUUGUUGAUCUAUUGGGAAAUGGAUCUCCGAGAGGCAAGAAGGAUGCUGCCACAGCUUUGUUUAACUUGUCAAUAUUUCACGAGAACAAGGCCCGUAUUGUGCAGGCAGGUGCAGUGAAGUACCUUGUUGAGUUGAUGGACCCCGCUGCUGGAAUGGUUGAUAAAGCAGUCGCUGUUUUAUCUAAUCUUUCUACCAUUCACGAGGGGCGGAUAGCAAUUGGUCAGGAAGGAGGAAUCCCCGUCCUGGUUGAAGUGGCCGAGCUGGGCUCUGGUAGAGGUAAGGAGAAUGCAGCUGCUGCUCUCCUGCAGUUGUGCACUAAUAGCGGUAGAUUUUGCAACAUGGUUCUCCAGGAAGGAGCUGUUCCCCCAUUAGUGGCAUUGUCACAAUCUGGGACGCCUAGAGCCAGAGAGAAGGCUCAAGAACUUCUUCGAUACUUUAGGAACCAACGACAUGGCAAUGCCAGUAGGAGAUGA